AUGAACCACAUAUUCGAGCAUUAUCUGAGUUUGCCUCCUGUCACAAGGGCAUAUACAACUGCCUGCUUUGUCACCACCUUAGCAGUGCAACUUGAGUUCGUAACCCCAUACCAUCUUUACUUCAAUUGGGGCUUGGUUAUCAAGCAGUACCAAUUCUGGAGGUUGUUCACAUCCUUCUGUUACUUCGGUUCAUUCGGCUUCUCCUUCUUAUUCAAUAUGAUGUUCACCUAUCGGUAUUGUAUGAUGCUGGAAGAAGGUUCCUUCCGUGGAAGAAAAGCUGAUUUAGUGUACAUGUUCAUCAUUGGAAGUGUUCUCAUGAUCGUCAGUAGUAUCUUCGUUCAAAUGAUUUUCCUCGGACAAGCUUUCACUAUGAUGCUCGUUUACGUAUGGAGUCGUAGAAACCCUUCUGUUCAUAUGAACUUCUUCGGUAUUCUCCAAUUCACUGCUCCUUACUUACCUUGGGUACUUUUAUUGUUCUCACUUCUGAUAGGAAACAGUGCCACGGUUGACUUCAUGGGCAUUGCGUGUGGACAUGUUUACUUCUUCUUAGAAGAUGUGUUACCGAACGAGAGGAAUGGACUGAGACUGCUAUCUACUCCUGAUUGGUUAAAAUGGUUGUGUGAAGGAGGAGAGCCUCCUCAAGUUCCUGAAGAAGAUAGAGCCGGCGGAUUUGAAUGGGGUGGCCGUAACCCGGAAGAUCAGUAA